GGAAGAUCGGUGCUAGGAUUCGGAACAGCCUAUCCGUAGCACAGAGGCGCGGUUCGCCAUACGCCAACGGGGCACCAUCAGCUACCGCAUCCAUCGACGAGUGCUACCAAGAGGGGUCCGAGGAUCCCGCGGAGGUGGCGCCGUCAAAACCCAAUGAUCCAGGAGCGCAGCCCGGACGAAAUCGGCGACGCGGACGACCGAUGCACCAGAUAUCUCGAUCACUGCUAUGCGAUCGUUAGUCGUACGUCCCCGGAAGACUGGAUUACGAGGACGCGCGGGAGCGUGCCGCAGGUAGUGGAGGACGCGCGGGAGCGGUGCGACGCGCCGCAAGACGUGGAGUACGGGGAAGAGCGCUGCGACGAGGAUGUGUGUUACGACGUGCCGCGCGACAUGCCGCAGGACGAGGAGGACAGGCAGCAGGACGCGGAGGGCGCGCAGUACGACGUGGAGCACGCGGAGGACGCGCAGGUGGUCGACGAGGAGGACUGUUACGACGCGCCGCAGGACCAGGUUGCGAAGUGCAGAGUGCUUAUGGCCAGCACCCGUUGGAGGUGGCAGAGGGAACACCAGCCCCGCAUAAACGUGAUCGGGGCCGACUACCACAGUGGCCACCAUCCGCGACGAGCACAGGUUCCGCGUCGCCGCUGCGACAGGAAAGAUCCGAGACAGGGGGCAGGCGCUCAGCGACUACUCCAACGAGAACCAGGUACCCCACCUCCCGCGCCGCCGUCCGAGCACAGCUCCGCGGGCCACCGCUCGCGCAGUGGCACAGCAGCGAGAGCUUUACCCCACUACUCCUCCCCUCGUCCGUUAUUCUACCCGUAUAGUGCAUGGUUUUUCCGUUUCUCUGUCUUCCCUCGGGAAACGCACUCUCGGCGGCGUCCGAAAGCACCGUUGCCGUGGCUAGCCUGGUGGCCGCGCGGAGCGCUCGCGUAGCGCGGCGGCACACCAGGUAUCGCCGCACAGCGCUGCUAUAGAGAUGAG